AUGGGUCUCGUUCUGAAUGUGAUGGGAAUCGUUUCUCAGAAGUCGACUGGUGUCGACCUGGUGCGAAAGGUCACUGCCGCGGAACUAGUUAUGACCAUCUCUGGAUCUACUGGCCCUACAUCCUCGUUCACUGGCGAGGAUUCUUCGUUGUCAGACUUCCAGCAGACACAGCGACGCGUCGUUCCCAUACAGCGCGAAUACUUCCAUACUGAGUUCUGUCUCACGUUUCCUCGGCCAGCACAGCUGCCAGAGCCAGGGUCACAGACCUCUGUGGGUGGCAGUCGGUCCAGUACCGCCUCGAACUCGGAACUCUAUCGUGUCUUUCUGGAAGCCUUUCUGCUGGAUGCCAACGGUCUGCGUUGGCGUUUGUGUGGCACAUCUUCUGCGGCCGGCGUUGAGGAGAGCAUCCUCGUGCGUGUUGAGCCGCGCAGUAGUGCUCCAUCGGUUGAUUUUACCCAACCAAUAUCCUCUCAGAACGCUGCCCUACUGAAAUUUGAAUUUGUCGCAGAAUCGAAAACCAAAGUCUCAUGUGUUAUCUGA